AUUGUGAGCUAUUAGUUUAGAAAUUUAAUUAUCAUAUAUCUAAUAAUGAAUUCUGAAGUAUCUACUGAUACAUCUGUUCAACAUACGAGCAAGCAAGUUGCUACAAGCUCAAAUAAUCAUGAUGGAAAGUCCGAGGAGGGACCAUUUUAUCCACCAGAGAGGUCAAUUUGUGUUUCUCCUUUACCGAAAUCUGUAUCACGUGACGAAUUAGUACACUUCCUACAUCAGUUUGGAGCAGUUAAGAGAGAACGAUUUAGACGCAGAUCUUUCAUCAUAGAAUAUUAUAAUAACAAACCUGUCGAAGUUUUGAUGAGCAAGACAUACUUUUUGCAAAAUGAAAAACUAUGUUUGAAAAAGAAAAUUGAUUGUGAUGUUCCAAAAAACAAGAAGAAAACUUCACCAAUACCGACGGAAGGCAAAAAAGUGGUGGAGAAUAUAGAUCCGAUCAAUUACAACCUUAUAUGUCAUGUUAUCCUGAAAGAAGUGACGUUCGACAGGGAAUUGGCGGCGCUUUUGAAUGAGAUACAACUCAGUGACGCUGAGUUGAUGACCAGAUACAAGGUUAUCUGUCCUCAUUUGACCGACAUAUUCAAGUUGACUUUCCCAGAGUGUACAAUUUUUAGUUUCGGUUCGACGGUGGCAGGAUUGAGUUUUAAAGAAUGUGAUUUGGAUAUCUACAUGUAUCUCGGUAAAAUUGGUUUACCAUCUUUCUUCAAUCAACCGAACCUAUCACAACAGAUAAUAACAACGGUGAUCUUCAAGAGAGUGAGGAAAAUCAUGUACAGCAUGAAGUUUAUUUUUGCGGAUAUAAUAGCAAUUCCCAAAGCGAAAACGCCUAUCAUAAAGUUUCGUUAUCUACCGACCAACGUUUCCUGCGACAUCUCCUUCAAGAACGGCCUAGGUGUCUACAAGAGUAAUUUCCUAAGAUAUUGCACAUUGCGCGACGUUCGACUCAAGCCGCUCAUGCUGCUGAUCAAAUAUUGGGCGAAGCAUCUCGGAAUCACAGGCGGCGGUAGGAUUUCCAAUUAUGGUCUGGUAUGCCUAGUGAUCUUUUAUUUUCAACAAGUCGAUCUUCUACCGCCGUUGUUGGAGCUACAACGGAACUGCAUGCCAUUGAUCAUAAAUGGCUGGCAGGUGAAUUUCGAUGAGAACACCCCGCUACCGCCCAGUAGCAAUACCAGGAGUAUCCCGCAGCUGUUUCACGAUUUCGUAUCUUUCUACGCCGAAUUUAUCUUCUCCUCGCGUGUCUUAUGUCUGUUGGACGGGAAAAUAUACGCAGCGUCCGACUUUGUGAAUUUCUUCAAGUUGCCCGAUUACAUGCACAGAUAUAAGAGUUACGUCACGAUGAAUAAUACUAAGAAAUUGGACAUCGAGAGGGCUAUGUGCGUUCAAGAUCCGUUCGAACUCGACCAAAAUACGACCGCAAUCACGCCCGAGCGCGUGUUAAUUGCGUUCCAUCGCUGCUGCGCGUUCAGCCUCGAGAUCUGCCAAUCCGUUAGUGAGGACAAUUAUAACGAUCUACUGAAGACGCUAUUUGGUAGGACGCCUCCGAAUAUGGUGCCACCAAAGAAGAAGAAGAAAAUAUACAAGAAGAUAAUACCCGCCGGUCAAUACAUCAAGGCCGGGUUACCAGCCAAUUUCGAGCAACGUACGGACAUUGUCGACAAAGAGCAGAACAUAAAAGAGAAUUGGUAUUAUGUGGUCUUCAAUCUGAUCAAGGACAUUUACGAGAUGGUCUUCAAGUUGCAAGUCGAGGUACUUUUCGACCACGACACGAAACGUCAGAAAAUCGCGACCUUAUCCGACGUGCACACUAAGAACCAUAAAAAGAUCACGUUCUAUUGCACUGGCAACAAAUGCGUGUGGAGAAACAGGAAGAAGAACAACAGAAUGCUGUUGGACGUACAGUUGAGCGCAUUGGAGAAAGAAGCGAUCGUUUCGGACAAGGUUUUGGAACAGUUGGUGUUGGAACAGCAGAACGAUGCUACUAAUAUACAGUUGAAUUUCUUCUGUACGUUGGAGAAGAUGGAUCCCACGGCAGUGAGCAUAACAAUGAGCAGCGAGUGUGCUGGUAACAUUUUCCGGUGCUUCGAGUGCUUCGCGGACAGCAUAAUCUCGAAGAUAAUCGAGAAAACGUUACUGCAUAUGCUGCAGUUCCAAAAGACCUACAGUCAAUUGUUGCAAAACAGACAACCUUCGCCAUCGUGAUCUUAAAGACGCGAAAGUGUACAUUAUAAUUUUUUCUAUAGUGUAUACGGACCAAACGUUUAAUGGCUAUAAACUGAAACAAUAUAAAUGUAUUUGUAUUGUAUACCAAAUUAAAAAAAAAAAAGCAUUGUAAUAUAAUCUGGGGUAUGUUGAAUUGUCUUUGGAGACAUUUUUAUGGCAUCAAGAGAGCAUGUGUGUGCAUGAUACACAUUGUACACAUAAUAGUAUUUCACAAAGGUCAGGGAUUACAAAUUUGUGUCUUCUGAUAAUACAUAAAAAGCUGCAGGCCAUAUAUUUUCACAAUCCGGGGCAAAUGGUAAACGAAAGAUAGAUGAAGAAACAUUUCAUUGUAGUUGGUAAAAUUAGGAAUAA